ACCAGCGUAAAUCACUUCCCUAGCGACGCAUAGAAACAACAUUGAAAGUAUCCAAAAAAGUAUUUAACAAGUUCACUAAAAAUGGCCGAAUCGGAAUCAGAAUCGCAAGGACACUCAGGGAGCAAACGUCUAUUCAUCAAUCAUGUAGACACGUAUGCAGGCAAGGCAAUUUCGAAGUUCCUUUCACAAUGCAUGGUUGGAGCAUCCUUAGAGGAGAGAGAUGAAGAGGAGGAUGCAGCCUCAGUCACGAGUGACCACAUGCCUCCCAAGGAAGGUGUUUGGAAGGUCAGCGGUACUCUCAAAAACCCUGAACACGAGAAGCCAGAAUGGGUCCAUGAGAUUCUUCAGGUGGAUGAGAAGAUUCAGAUGUUGGAGCAUCUGGCUGAGUGUGAUGUGGUAGUCUAUGAUAUCACAGAGGAUCCAGAUCAGAUUGAUGAGGCAUCAUGGGCAGUCUCAGCUGUACAUGCUGAGCUGGAUCGCUUUGAAACACCCAAGAUGUUCAUCUUGAUCUCUACUGUGAUGACAUGGGCCAAGAGCAAACCAGUCGACCCGGAUGACCCUGAAAUCCCAUUCACAGAGGAAGAUUACAGAAGACGUAAGCCACAUUCCAACUUCAAAGGACAUAUCAGCGCUGAGAAGCUUGUUAUCAAACUUGGAAAAACAAACAAAGCCAAGUUUGUGACGUAUGUUGUGGCUUCAGGACUGACCUAUGGAGCUGGAGAAAACAUCUUCCACUACCUGUUCAAGACUGCCUGGCAUGGUGAAGCAGAAGCGCUCCAGUGCUUCGGCAAUGGAAUGAACAUCCUUCCCUCCAUUCACAUCAAGGAUCUUGCAGGGGUGAUCCAGAAUAUUGCUGACAGUCGGCCCAAGACAAGAUACUUGGUAGCAGUAGAUGAUUCUCAGAGUCCGCUCGAUGAAAUAGUCAAGUGUGUGAGUCAGAACCUUGGCAAUGGAAAGAUCAAGUACAUCACCAAGGAGGAUGCUCUGCUCAGCAAAAGCCUUUCACAAACUGAGUUUGACAUGUUACUGGUGGACCUGCGGAUGGAUGGAGUGUAUAUCCGUGAGAACAUGAACAUCCGUUGGGGAGCCGAGAGGGGUCUGAUAGAGAGCAUUCCAGACAUCAUCAAGGAAUACAAGACGACCAGGAAACUCUUGCCCAUGAGAGCAUGCGUCCUUGGGCCACCAGCCAGCGGUAAGACCUCUAUGGUGGCAGCUCUCUGUAAACACUACAAGCUACAUCAUAUCAAGAUCAAGGAUGUCAUAGAUGAGGCCAUUGAAGCAUUGGAGAAGAGCGCUGCCCGUGCUGAUGGUGAUGAGAAUGAAGAUGAUGAUGGCAAGGCUCAGGAGGAUCAAGAACUUCUUGAUGCUAUCAUGGAGAGCAAGCAGUCUAAUAAUGAUCGUAUUGAAGAGCAGUACCUGAUCCGGUUCUACCGUGAUAAGCUUCACUCCAUGCCAUGUCAGAACCAAGGCUUCAUCCUGGAUGGUUUCCCUAAGACCAUUGAUCAGGCUAAAGAACUCUUUGCAGUGGAUGAAGAGGAAGAGCAGGAGGAGAACGGUAAGAUGCCUGUCUACGACCGCGCAACCAUGCCUGAAUUUGUCAUCUCCCUGGACAGCACGGAUGAUUUCCUCAAGCAACGCAUCAUGAACCUCCCAGAGAGCGUCGUUGCCAAGACGCACAACACGGAGGAUGGAUUCAACAGACGUAUCACAGAGUUCAGAGCCUUGAACGAGGAGGAUGCCACCGUGCUCAAUUACUUUGAUGAACUUGAGAUACACCCAGAGCAUCUUGAUAUCACCAAGGAAACGGAUCCCGAGAACAAGAACCUGAUGGACCAGCUGGUGAAGAACAUGGGCAAGCCCAGGAACUACGGCCCCACCAAAGAGGAGGUAGAGGAGACGGAACGCCUGGAGACAGAGCAGAGACUCAAGAAAGAGCAGGAGGAGAGGGAGACCAUCGAGAGGAUGGAAUCAGAGGAGGUGGCGCUCAAGGAGCAGAGGCAAGAGGAAUGGACAUCUCGUUUGGAGGAGGUGAAGAGACAAGAGAAAGAGCUCCUUGAGAACCAGUCCAUCCCGCUGAGGAACUACCUGAUGAAACAUGUCAUGCCUACACUCACCCAGGGACUCAUUGAAUGCUGUAAGGUCAGACCAGAUGAUGCCAUUGACUACUUGGCGGAAUACAUCUUCAGAAACAACCCACAAGUUGAUUGAUUGAUCAUUCAUAAGAGAAGCAUAUCUACUCUAAGAAAAUCCAGCUAGUGAAUGCCGUCCAUCAAGUGUCAUUUCUUCACAAUAUUCUCUUUCUAUUCUCUUUCUGUAACUUUUUAUGUUAUGCACACAACAUCUGAAGAUUUUGAAACUGAUAUCUUUACUAGUUUUAAAUUCAGAUACACGUUUCAUCGUUCACAAAUGAAAAGCCAGUUUGUAAACUGCAGAAUGUCUAGUUCACAGUACAUUAAGAUUUCAAAAGGAGGGAUCACUCGACCUCCAUCAUGAAAAUACACCUUGAAUAAAAAUGAGCAUUUACUCGCAUAUUGCCUUACAAACUUCUUGAAAAUGAAGGUGUAAACCCAAGGUUUUGGAGUUCAGAGAAAGAUUUACUGUCAUAUUGCUAUUUAUUUCACAAGUUGAGAUAUCACAGAUGAAUAUCAUUCUGCUCAGAUAUUGUACUUUGAAGUUUUGGUAUAUAUUAUAGUGUGUACUGAUUCUAUAGAUAUAUUAAUCGGUGUAUUCACCGAGCAGCUAUACUUAAUAUUCAAAAUUAAUGCAAUUUUUUUUUAUAUGAACUGUAUAUCCGUCCAAGGAAAGUGAAGAAGAAAGCCUUGUUUAUUUAAAGUGAUCAUUCCAUUUUUAUGAAUAUCUGUAUUUUGGACCUGCUUGAUAUGAAGUUAGAUUAAAAUAUUUCUAUAUUUCUUUUUAGUCCUUUUUUCUUGAUUGUAUUGAAUUUAUCACACAUAUAAGAAAGAUUUGAAGGAGAACCAUAAAAAUACCAUAUUCUAUUUUAUUAUAACUUGGACGACAUAGAGAUUUUCAUUCCCAAACAAACUUGUAAAUAUAAUUUAUCAUAUCAAUGUGUAUUUAGAUAUAUUUGUUGGAGUGUUUCCGAAAAUGAUUUAUAUAUAAAUACAAAAUAUUGUACAGAUUAUUGAAUGUUAUGCCUUAGGUAUGAGCCUAUUGUCUAUCUUCUGAGAUUACAUUUUGUAUUGAUGUAACCCAAUAAAGAAAUGUUUUCCAACACUA